AUGGUGUCUUGUCCCAUCUGCAGCCAGUCCGUCUCCUCCCUGAAGAUUAACGACCAUAUCGAUUCCGACUGCCAGAACUUUAUCGAAGAGCCGUCCAGCUCGGGCGAGACUCCCGCCACUCAGAAAGCUCCGGUUCCCAGCUUCUUCCAGCCAGCCUCUGCGAAGAAAGCUACUGCCCAGUCUGCUCAAGCAAAUGGACAGCGAGAUCAAAAUGUGACGUCUUCCCCCUUGCGCAACGUCAACGGUAAACGGGCGACACCGCACGAUGCCAACUCGUCGGAAGUAUACGAGAGAUCUGGGCCUAGCCAACCGUCGACUGAGCCAAAGAAACCCAAGGUUAGCGCCUUGCAAAAGGCUGCACCGUUACCGGAACGCAUGCGUCCCCGGACUCUCGAUGAUGUCUGCGGGCAAGAGCUUGUAGGGCCAAACGGGGUGCUUCGGGGGCUGAUCGAGCAAGAUCGGGUUCCCAGCAUGGUCCUUUGGGGUGGUCCAGGAACAGGGAAAACAACUAUUGCUCGCGUGAUUGCUUCGAUGGUUGGUAGUCGCUUUGUCGAGAUUAACAGCACCAGUACGGGGGUUGCCGAGUGCAAGAAGAUCUUCUCCGAAGCGAAGAGUGAGCUCAGCCUGACGGGACGGAAGACCAUCAUCUUCUGUGACGAGAUUCAUCGAUUCUCCAAGUCCCAGCAAGAUGUUUUUUUGGGGCCCGUAGAAAGUGGGCAGGUUACCCUCAUUGGUGCCACCACAGAGAACCCCUCCUUCAAGGUGCAGAGCGCUCUGCUGUCCCGGUGUCGGACAUUCACUCUGUCCAAACUUACAGACGAGGAUAUCAGAUCAAUCCUUCAUCGGGCACUACGCCUGGAAGGACCGAACUAUUCGCCUUCGGAACUGGUCGAUGAGGAAUUGAUUGAUUACCUCGCCAAGUUCGCCGAUGGGGACGCGCGGACGUCCCUCAAUCUUCUUGAGCUCGCCAUGGAUCUGUCGAAACGGCCUGGAAUAAACAAGGACGAGAUCAAGCGGUCAUUGACGAAGACACUUGUUUAUGACCGGGCCGGGGAUCAACACUACGAUACCAUUUCCGCCUUUCACAAGUCCAUCCGGGGGAGCGAUCCGGAUGCGGCGCUAUACUAUCUUGCUCGCAUGAUCCAGUCCGGGGAAGACCCGCUCUAUAUUGCUCGACGUCUGAUCGUGGUCGCAUCCGAAGACAUUGGGCUUGCUGACAACAGCAUGCUCACGCUAGCCAUCUCGACCCACUCGGCCGUGGAAAAGAUCGGCCUACCGGAGGCACGGAUCAAUCUGGCACAUGCGACGGUUGCCAUGGCACUCUCAAAGAAGAGCACGCGGUCGUACCGCGCCCUGAACAAUGCAUUUGCUGCGCUAGCAGAGCCCGGCGUUGCUGGGCUACCGGUUCCGAUCCAUCUGCGCAAUGCGCCGACUCGGUUGAUGAAGGAGCUCGGAUAUGGCAAGGAAUACAAGUAUAAUCCUAACUAUGUCGAUGGGGAGGUUGUCCAGGAUUAUCUUCCGGAGCAGAUUUUGGGACGGAAGUUUUUGGAGGAUCACGAUCUAGGGCAUCAGGUGGACCCAGAUCUUAUGAGGUAG